CUUAUGGCCUUGAAACAAUGCAGCCUGUGCGAUCGCAAAUUCACUAAGCUCGAGCAUGUAAAACGCCAUGAACGAUCCCACACUCGCGAACGCCCUUACGAAUGUCCGACUUGCAAGAAACAUUUCUCGAGAAGCGACGUUCUAUUUCGGCAUUGCAAAGGUCACGCACAGAAUGCCCUAAACCGAAUGAGCAGCAAUAACAGCAAUUCAAACAACGGGAACAACCAACAACAAGGUCAACCAAAGCAGCAGUCCAAGCAAACUUCCGCGCAAGACAAGCAAACGCCAAAACCCCCCCUUUCACAAAUCGAAUCUGGUCUGAAUUCGACUCCAACCCCCCGACUGCAUCGACAAGAUUCAAAUCUAUCUCCGCUUUCGGGAGGGAGAAACCCCCAGCAGGUGCCCCAACCAGCUGGCGAUAUAGCUCAAAACUCUACUUCUUCUCCAUCUGUAGUUGCAGGACAUCCAUCCGUCUCCCAACACACGGCAUCUCCCGGAGACAGCCGACUGGAGGCUCUGAUCAACGCCGCGCAACAUCUGGAACCCCCAGCGGAGGUGGCCUGGCAGUCUCCCUCUCCAAUCAACUUGACAUCGGAUAAUGACCGUUACCUCACCCGUAAUCAGGACAAUAUGCCACCCCCAAUAGAUCCUGCAAUCGACAUGCUGUCGUUCUCCCCCGCCGGUCACGUUUCAAGCCUAGAUCAGUGGGCCUUCGAACUUGUGCAGAGCAACCAUCCAAUGCCCAAUCGGACUCCAGCCGAUGCCCUUCAGACGUGGCUGUUCCCUUUAGAUAACGAUCUUUUAGCACAUGGUUCACAUCAUAUGGCAAUAGAUAGCCAUUUCGAUCAUGAUGGUUUUCGUCAUCCUUCAGACAACCAUGCGAGUCCUUCCGGAAGCAGUGCUUCUAUCGCGAGCAGAAUACCUCGUGAAAGAUUCGCCAGAGUGGAGAACUGUUGGCCCUCGAAGAAUCGGAAAUCCGGUCGUUUGAUGCCGACACUAUGGCACAGUUUGGUCAAUUGCGAUCACACCAAUAUUCUGUCAGAAAUCCCCCCCGGUGCCAUGGAAACUCCUGUUAGCGAACGCGAGAGACGAAGCUCGCGAUGGGGUUUGGAUGAAGAGUGUCGAGACGUAUUGCAAGGAGCAAUCAACAACGCACCGCAAGCAGUCACAGCCGCUCGAUCCGAUUCAUAUGGUGACACUGCAUCAUCCAGCGGUGACGCUGGUGCCAGUCCAGGUAUCGGCGAUGGGAUACAAUUCCCGCCUGCUGAAAUACUAGACAUUGCACUCGAAAUGUACCUCUAUUAUUUCCACCCGACUCUACCCAUUGUUCACAUUCCCACUUUCUCGGCCAAAAAUGCACCUCGACCACUUUUGCUUUGCAUGUGCCUGAUCGGUUUGUGCAUUUUGGGAACGGCUGGCGCUUCGAAGUUUGUCUCGCGGACAUUCCCGACUGUUCUACAGAUGGUAACUGCCGAAGUUCAAGACCUUUCAUCAAGCCAACAGCGCCCGGAAAAGCAAAUGCGAGUCAUUGCUACUGGCCUCCUCGCGCUCAACCUCGCUUUCAUCACGGGGCGCAAAAGUCGGAUCGCUCAAGCUGAGAAGCUGUAUACCGACUUGAUAUCUACGGCACAAGGUCAAGGUCUGUUCUCUUCUAAUGAGAGUGCGCCACCAGAAGCUUUGCUUGAUGAAAUAAUGGACAUUGAUUCACGGUGGAAGGCGUGGAGCAGGGUUGAAUGCGCAAAACGCAUCAUAUUUGGCCUGUUAGAGGUUGAUUGCUACUACGCAGCCUACCUAUCAACCAAUCCAACGAUUCGACCAGACUUGGUGCAAAUAAUCCCUCCCUCUGAAUACAAUUUGUAUCACGCAAACUCGGCCACCAAGUGGUUUCACUUGGCGCAACGAGGUAUUCGAAUGCACACGCAGCGAAUCACUCCCUCUUUUCUUCCGACGCCCGGGUUGAAGAUGGACCCUACAAGCGUGCGAACACUCCUCACCCUCCUUCAGCUGCGGAUCUAUGAAGCAAAUGAACGGCUAACGAAUGCUGCUGGGCCACAUAAACAUCUGGAGCCAUGGCGAGUUUACAAUGAAGAUCUUCCAAGUCGCGAGAUAAUUCCACUUCUCGUCAACCUUUCUUCCUCGUCAAUCGAUGCCUUACGAACUGCAGAUCUCAACUCGGCAGUGCUCUGGCAUGUAUCUUGCAUGCACCUCGGGGCGAACCUGGGGGAUUUUGAAUUGGCCGCGGGCCGUGCUGGAGCGCAGCCUGCCGUCACAGCUCUCGAAGAUAUAUCUGCCUGGUCUCAAACACCAUCUGCACGACGCGCGGUCCUGCAUGCCGCCCACAUCUUCAAACUCCUUUUCGAUCGUAAGGUCUCCGAUAUUGUAAACCCCCCCAGUGUCGUCGCUCUUUUCCAGGCGGCUCUUGUGUUGGGCCUUUACAUUUUCACCCUUCCUCCGUCCUCAACUUGUGGUAUCAACGACAACUGCCUCGAACUGUUAGAGCUUGUGGAUUGGAGCCACGUUGGUCAUGUCGGAUUGAUGGAUACGCCCAAUUCGCCAAAUGGCCAACAUCGCUUUGGCGAUGGCCCGGUCGUGAACUUCAUCCGCAACGGUGGACCUUUCAGCAUAACAGGAAUCGCUCUAGAAGGCGGCUAUCUUGCUGCUCGUCGUACACUUUUGCACUGCGCUGACCUGAUGGACGGCAUGGGUCGAUGGAAGAGCAGGACCUUCUCCCAAAUCUUACAUAUAAUGAGUGAUGACCUGACGGACGUGGAUACCCACGACAGCGAUGAAGCAUGACGGUUCGCAUCUCCACCCUUGAAGUAUCUAUCAAUCACCGAAUUGGAGAAACUCUGGGAUAGGAGAUCUGCGUAAUUUGAUCAUUUGAGAUCAGAAGGCAAUUGUCUGCUUUGAUGCCAAAAAUGGGUUCUAGAACGAUUUGCAUGAUUUUGGCGUCAUACCAAAUGUAUGUUAUAUGACUGAGAUGUGCAUAGGGUCUUCAAAAGCAUGGUAUUAGGUUUACUUUCGGCAGCGAUACUGGGUAGUGAUAUGGCGAGGCUUUAAAC